AUGUCUCAUAGAACAGAUUCAGAUACAAUUGAUAAUGCAAGCUUGGAUUCGGAAAAACCAAGAGAAUAUGGAGAAGCUUUACAAAAUCAACAAGGACACGAGAACAGUAACAUCCACCGGACUGAAAGCAGAAUAUCAAAGCUCCUUUCACAUUUAGGUUCAAAUGAUGAUAACAUUGAACUAGAAAAGUUGGUAACAAACAAUCCAGGAAUUGAGAGAAUAAAGACCGAGUUGCAAGAGGGUGCUGGUCGUUUGGGUCCAUUGGAAGAGCCAUUGGAUGUGAAAUUGGUACAAACACAUCCAGAUCCACAAUCAGAUUUCAAUGAAAACGAUCCUUGGAAAUAUCCCAUUGAUAUGGAUACAGGAUUGAGGAUAGUUGAAUGGGUGGACAAUGAUAAAGAAAAUCCAAUCAAUUGGGGCUCUGGAAUCAAAUGGGUGUACACGGGGAUCUUGGGUGCCGUUUGUUUCGUUGUUGCUCUUGGUUCUGCUAUUGUUACUGGUGAUAUGGAACGUCCAGCUGAUUACUUUGGUGUAUCUCAAGAAGUUGUCAUUUUGGCAUCAGUAACCAUGUUUGUUUUAGGUUUCGGAUUUGGUCCUUUAGUGUUUGCCCCAAUGUCGGAAGAAGUGGGUAGAAAACCCAUUUAUGUGGUGACGCUUUUUGUUGCAUUGAUUUUUAUUAUACCAUGUGGUGCAGCAAAGAAUAUUGGAACUUUGAUUGUUUGUCGUUUGAUUGAUGGGCUUUCAUUUAGUGCUCCCAUGACAUUGAUUGGUGGUUCGUUGGCUGAUAUGUGGAUUGGUUCCGAAAGAGGUGUUGCCAUGGCAAUCUUUUCAGCAGCUCCAUUCUUGGGUCCUGUUUGUGGUCCAAUUUUCGGUGGUUUGUUGGCUGAUCAUGCACCUACUUGGAGAUGGGUGUAUUGGACUUUUUUGAUCGUUGCUGGCGUAUUUUAUGCAAUCUUUAUUUUAACAGUGCCAGAGACUCAUCACGGAACAUUGUUAAAGAAGAGAUCUAGAAAAUUGAGAAGAGAAACUGGUGAUGAGAGAUACAGAUGUUUGAACGAAAUUGAGGUGAGAAAUUUUGCCGAAGUGGCCAAAACGUCCCUUUUGAGACCAUUUGUGUUGAUGAGUGAGUUGAUUGUGUUUUUGGUCACCAUGUAUAUGGCUGUGCUUUAUGGUUUGUUGUACAUGUUUUUCUUUGCUUACCCAGUGUUGUAUAUGGAAGGUAAAGGCUGGUCUGCUUCUAAAACCGGUAUCAUGUUCAUCCCUAUUGGUGCCGGUGUCAUUCUUGCCACUCUUGUCGCUCCAUUGUUCAACAAAGAUUACAACAAAAGAGCUCAAAAGUAUAGAGACCAAGGAGAGUUGCCACCUGCUGAGCUAAGAUUAAUUCCAAUGAUGAUUUCUUGUUGGUUUGUACCUACUGGUCUUUUUGCAUUUGCUUGGUCAUCAUACAGCUGGUUAUCAUGGGCCGGACCAUGUUUCUCAGGAUUAGGAGUUGGUUUUGGUCUUUGUGGUUUAUACAAUCCAGCAAACAAUUACAUUGUUGACUCCUACCAACAUUAUGCGGCUAGUGCCUUGGCAGCAAAGACAUUUGUUAGAUCAAUCUGGGGUGCUUGUGUUCCCUUAUUUACUAUUCAAAUGUACCAUACAUUAGGUUACGAAUGGGCCAGUACGUUGAUGGCAUUCAUUUCAUUAGCAUGUUGCCUUAUUCCUUACUUGUUUUUCAUUUAUGGAGCUAGAAUCAGAAAAUUUUCCAGGUACGCUUACUCACCAAACAUGGAUGCAAAGAAGCCAGAUAUGGAAAGUCACGGACAUUAA